GCUGCGGCGUUUCUGGGGCAGGCAGCAGCCCCCACCGCGCCGGCGGCGCCCCGCUAACCUUCCUCGGCAGCGGGAGCGGCCGCCUCCGCCGGCCAUCUGCGCCGGGGCCGCGUGAGAGCGCGCAGCUCCGCACCGCCGCUGCUGCCGCUGCCGAAGAACUGCGCCCCCCCCCUCCUUCCCCCCCCCCCCCCCCCAGCCCGGCGCGGCACCAUGUGGGGCGGGUUGCACCCCCAGCUCGGCUUGCGCGGCUACAAGGCGGGCUCAGAUUAUUCCUCAGUGGGAUGGUUACCUGGUACUGAAUCCCUGUGGCAGUCCACAACUAUUUCAUCAAGCAGUCAAAGCAAUCCUGUCAGAAGACACAGUAUAGCUUCCGACAGCGGUGACACUGGGAUUGGUACCUCCUGUUCUGAUAGUGUGGAAGAUCAUUCAACUUCAAGUGGUACAUCCUCAUUUAAGCCCAGCCGGUCACUGGUUUCUAUUCCUACUGCCCAUGUGAUGCCGUCUAAUGCCAGAUCUUCAUUUUCCAAACACAGGGAAGCUUUCAAGUCUGAUGGUUCAAAAUGGAGUACAAGCUUUGUACGGUCAGGAGGUGGCAGAAAUCAGGGUGCCCUGGACAAUUCUCUUGACAUGAAAGAUGCAAAACCUGUGAGAAGAUGGUCUUCCUUGUCUAAACUCAGCUCACCAAAUACCUUCAGCCAAGAUGGCAGUAGUAGUCAUUCAGUGGACUCCAGGGCUAGUACAGACAAAUCUGUGUCACCACAAUUAAGGACAAACGGGCCAAGUUGUUUGCAUGAUAGCAUGGAGUUGCUAAAAAUUGAGGACAAAGAAACAGGGAAAAAACGAUCUUCUCUACUGGACUGCAAAUACAAAUUUGAAACAUGCAGCAAAGACGAUUUUUCAGAUUCCUCAAGCAGGAGACAUGCCUUAGACUUGACCUACAGUGCCUUACCUGAAAGCAAACCUAUGGCAGCCAGCAGCGAAGCUUUUGGACAGAGAUAUGCAACUCUAGGACAACAGACUGUGAGUGGAGCUCCCAUACAGCCAGCAGUGAGGACUCAGAUGUGGCUGAAAGAGCAGUUACGUGCAAAUCCCCUGGAGUGCAGGACUGCGGAGGAGCCCUACGGCGUAGCUGCAUGGCACGUGCAGCAGCUUGAAGAUUUUAGAACCGGAGGCGAGCAGCCUGUGCAGGUUCCAAGUGGAACAUCUCGUCAGAGUUACCCAGCUACCAGCUAUCAGGACUUCAGCAACUGGGAAUCUCUAAUGAAAAUUAAAGAGGGUCUGCUAAGACAGAAGGAGAUUGUGAUUGAUCGGCAAAAGCAGCAAAUUAACAAUUUGCAUCAGAAGAUAAGGGAGAAUGAAUUACGAGCUCAACAUGCAAGACUGAGCCAUCUUGUGAACUGCGAAGAACCUUACCUGACUAAUUUGCAGCAACCACAGUAUGAGAGUGCACCGCUGCAGUCUCAUGUUUCAGAAAGAUCAGCAUCCUACCUUGAGGAGCUUGAGCGAAAGUUUGUAGCAUCUGGAAAUACGGAAUUACAACUCAGUGAAUUUAUAAAACUAAUUUCAAACAAAUCCAGUGAGGACAAAAAGAAGAUGGAGGAGAAACUUAAAACUAGAGACCGAUACAUUAAUAGCCUGAAAAAAAAAUGCCAGAAGGAGUCUGAGCAAAACAAAGAAAAACAGAAACGGAUUGAAACCUUAGAAAAAUACCUGGCGGACCUGCCAACGCUGGAUGAUAUAGAAGGGCAGUCUAAACAGCUGCAAAUUCUAGAAGAGAAGAACAAGCAACUUCAAGAAACAAUGACUGAGUUAGAAAAGAAGCUUGGAGAGGCUCGAUCACAGUGCAGAGAGAGAGAAUUGCAACUGGUGUGUCAGAAGAAAAAAGAAAAAGAGCUGGUCACAACAGUACAGAGCUUACAACAAAAAGUAGAAAAAUGCCUGGAAGAUGGUAUUCGCCUUCCCAUGUUGGACACAAAACAGCUUCAGAGUGAGAAUGAAUGUCUCAAAGAAAAGAAUGAGAAAGCCAGUAAGGUCAUAGACAAUCAACAAAAUCAGAUAGCUGGACUGAUUUUAGACAUGCAGUCUAUGCAAGAGAAGCUUCUGCAAGAAAAGCUGAUUGUUCAGAAGAUGACAAAUGAGCUUGAAGAAAAAGAAAGGAAUAUAGAGCAGUUAAAUAAAGCUCUCUCUGAAAACCAAAGACUGAUGGAAGAAAACGCCUGCCUGAAGGAGCAGGUGCGGCAGAUAGAGCAGUCCAGGCAACCAGUAUCUGAGAAGAUGCCUAUCGCAGACCAGUUGUUCAAGGAAAUGUCCAAUUGUUUAUUUGACUUGAAAGCACUGUGCAGUAUUCUUACCCAGAGAGCUCAGGGCAAGGAGCCUAACCUUUCCUUACUGCUGGGAAUCAGAUCACUGAGCUGUUCAGCUGAAGAGAAUGAAAAUUACCACAGCACAGAAACUCUUUCAAAGAAGCUCUUGGAUGUUUGUCAAUUACGAAAAGAUAUUGAUGAAUUAAGGACUAUAAUGUCGGACCGUUAUGCUCAGGAUAUGGGGGACAAUUGCAUCACUCAAUGACAACAUUUCAUCUAGUAGUAAAUGACUUAUUAAAUGCUGCUGUGUGACAGGUCUUUGCAUUUCUAUUAAGGAGCCAUAUUGGAAGACUGCAAAUAACGCCUCAUGUGCAUCUGUCUGAGGACUGUGCGUAUUUAAUCUCCAGAAUCUGCUGGGGAGGGGAGAGUCAUUGUUUGAACAGAGUGGUACAAACUACAAGAAACCUUUUCUCCAAACUACUGAAUGUAGGAAGAAGCUGUGAAGAAUGAUUCAGUUGGACACUGUUUCCUUCAUUAGGGUUCAUUUUAUUAAUUUACCUUAUUUCUGGAAUCGGAGCAUCAAAACAGCCCUGCUGCUGCUACUCUCAGUCCUUUCCUUCAUCAAAGGUUUGUAUGGGAUUAUCUGUGUUCUGAGAGGAGAGUAUCAAAGGACCUGUAGCUGUGUGUGGGGAAGCCAGAGUCUUCUGCAGCUGCACUUCACUCUAGGAACUGCAGUUGGAACAAUCUUGGAGCACUACAAAAUGUAGUUGCUCUUCAAGUUGCAUAAAAAAUUUGAUACAGGGAAGAUGUUGGUUUUAGGAAUGGAUGUCUAGCUUGUUUGUCCAAAAGCAGAAGACCCAAGUUUUAAUUCCUUUAUGCAAAUGAAAUCCAUAAGAUAUAGUGCUUUCAAAUUGUUUUAAGCACUUUCACAUUGCUGUAAGAAGUUUUGAUAAUGUGAAGUCUGUGACAAACCCAGAGAAGUUGGAAGGCAUGAAAAUUCAGCAUAGUAUGUGGCUGUUGGGGAAAACACCCACUGUACUUUUUGGUGUUUGUACCAUACUUACUUUUCCCUUAGGUCAUCUCACUUUUAAAAUAUGGGUGGUCUGUGUUCCAUCCCUGAAGGCCUCUCAGGUGGUUGUGAACCACCUCAAACCUUUUUUUUUACCACAGCUACAAAACGAAUGUUUGGCACUUGGCAAAAUUAGGGCUCAAGACAGAAUGUUCCCACUUAGCAGUAUUAAGUAUUCGGUUAUCUGAGGACUGCAAAAUUUCCCACAUUGUCUGGGAAUUCUUUAUUUCUCCAUUUAUGUAGGAAGCAAUUAUAUUUAAACAAUUAAGAUCAUAUUCCAUAGUUUAUUCAGUGAGUGUCACUUGGCAGUGCUGUUUCACUCCUCUGCGACAGAUGACAUUAAGGCUUCUGAUUUCCUGAAACGUUGCUGCAAGUUAUGCAUGGUGUAAAAUAGUAUUUAACUGAAGGAAACAAAUACCUGCAAAGAGCAAAACCACUCUCAGAUCACACUGUGUAUGAGCAUCAGCUACAUAAUGUGGUAUUAAAAGAAAGUUUCAAAUGACUAAGUUUCAAGUCAGUCAACUGACCCAUAGUGUGGAUAAUGGCAGAAAUCUCUUAGAAUGUUUAGCAAUUAGAACCAAGAAAAUUCUAGGGCAAGAUUUUUAUGGCAGAAGUGUUAAUAUCUUCAGUUUUCUGAUUAUAUUUGUGUUAACAGGAAAAAAAAAAAAGGCAUAGCAGUGUAGACCGGCUACCAGUUUUAACUUGGUGAUGUUUUGCUUUCUUUUCAUUGUUGAACAGUUAAUGUUGUUUUUAUAAUUUAGUGAUUUGAUUUUUUAGCUAUAUGGACUUAUUUAUUUGACAGUUUUCUCUAUCCUGAAACAUGGACUAAUUUGUGAAAAAAAAAAAAAGUGUUGUUAUUUAUGUUAUUGCUACAGGGUAUUUUCAGAUAGAUUAAUGUGACUGGUUCAGCGCCUGUGAGCAGUAAAACAGCAUCUAGAUGAAAUCUCAAGUGAAAUUGCCUAGUGUGUCUACUUCAGGGUAAAAGAAACCCAGGCCAUCUUAUUUUAAAUUUCUGUGCUCUUUCUGUAGGUUUGAAGGUGUGCUUUUAUACUAGAGUGCAAAACUGAAAACAAGGAUCUUUCUUUGCACAAAUGGGCUUGUACAGUUUCCUGUGCCUCUAACAGUACCGGCUUUUGUGAGUAGGGCCUCGGCUCGUUCCUUAGGUGUAGUUCAUUGGUGGUGGUGGCCCUGCAGUGACAUUAUAGUCUCCAGUUCAUGAUACCUGUCUCAUAUCAGAAUUCAACAAUAGCAUUUCAGAGAAUAAACUAGAAGUGUUAGGGAGAGAGGCAACACCCAAGUUGCAUGUUAUUGUUUCCUUACAUGGAAAUGCUGUACCUAUAAAAAUUAACAAGCAACGUAUUUUAGUAAAUUUGGUGGAAAUAAUGAGUUUAACAGAGCAGUUAGGGAGGAGCACGAGUUUUUUUGAGUCCCUUUGAGCUUUUAAGAUGGUACCUUGGCUGGUGUGCCUCCAUCGUCCCUCCACUUACAUGGUGAUACUGUACUGCAGAGUUGAGAUCAGUAAUUUUAGAUUUGCAAAGCACUUCAGGAGCUUUUAUGCUCUUCAAGUAUUAGUUGGAAAGUCCCUCAGAAAGGAGGACCCAUUUUAGUUGUAAUACUUUUAUUACAGUGCUCUAAUCUUGCACUGUCAUAUUUUUAUUAUGAACCCUGUAAUAUUUAUGUUGACCUUAAAGCACUUGAUUUUAAAAAACCCUGAGUUCAUCUGCCUCAGUCAAAUUAAAGUAGGGAGAGAAAGGAUGGAUGUAUGAGCCAAAGAUGCAGACUACCAACUGACUGUCUACAGUGAUCCACUAUUUUCCUUUGAUUUCUUAAAAUUUGGCCUGUUGUAGUAGUAGCAAUUAUUAUAUCUGCAUCAGUUUAUGGAUGCCUCUAAAUGGAAUAAACUUUGUCUAAGAUAUGCAUGGUUGUUGGUUAAAAUGUAGUGUGUGUGGUCUCAUUCAGCGUAUUUAAUACAGAGUUGAUUAACGAAAGUUAACAUUGGAAUUGCUUAGAUUUAGUCAUGACAACUUCUUGCUGUAGCUAUUAGACAAUCUCAAGGGCUGAAAACCAACUGCUCAUGAAUGCAUACUGUACUCUUCUGGCUGUCAGCAAAUUUGUACAGUAAUAUUCUGCAUAGUUUCAGAUUGAAUUUAUACAAUCCUUUAAAAGAUAUUUACAGUAACUACUGUAUUCAAGAAUGUAUUUUGAAAAAGGCUUGGAAAGUAACUGUCUUCAGACAAGCUAUAGGUGAUGCUAUGUAUUUACUAUAUAGUAUAGAAGUAACGCGGCUCAGUUGUGUAAGUGUGAUUUAGGUUGCUCGCCCCUGCUCUGCAGCUUUGUAGUGUGAUAGUUGUGUGAAAUUGUGGAGAUUGCUGUAACUAUGCACUCGGGCUCCAGCAUUUGAAACUGCUGGUGGCCAUGAAGUCAUUAUAAGAGCUGAAAUUUCGUCCAUUUCACUUACAAAGGUUUCCUUCCUUUGCUCUUGUUGCCCACCUUUUGUUUGAAAUGAAGGCAGGGGAGGGUUGACAUUUCCCUUGCAGGGUAAGAGCACAAGGAAAAGAAGCAAACCCCUUUCUCUGUGACCUGCUGUCCUAGCACAGGCAGCAACGGCAAGCUGCAGUCUCUCUGCAGGGGCAUAAUUUGCUCCAGUUUUCCUUGUCCUUAUCAGUGAUGUUAUGCAGGGGGAGCUGGAACUAUAAUUGGGCUCUUCUCAUUGAUCUGAGAAGUUCUGUCAUGAGUGGGAAAAACAUCAUCUGAACUAAUCUGCAUUCUUAGACUGCAAACAAAUCAGUGGUCAUUAUCUAAAGGAAUGACUUCUUCUCAUAGCUCAUUAGCAAUAUUAAUUCCACAGCUGCAUACCUUUGUGCCUUUUUUUGCCUGAAGUGUAUAUUCCCUUGAACUUUAGAGGAGUUAUUAGGAUGCUGAUGACUGCACCUUGUUUUCUUCUUACCUGCCGAUAUUUUGUUCAUAAGCUUUUGUAGUCAGAACUCUCGCAUGAUGUCUAGAAACAGAAGUACUUAAACUGGGUACUAGGUGUACACUUUGAAUGUUAGGCUGGUUGCAGUAUGCAGCGUGAGCAGGAAACUCCAACCAUAAUGUGUUCAUUUUGCUUAUAUAAAUUGCAGUGUAUCAUUAGUUCAGUGGGGAGGAGCAUCUGGAGCUAUCUUUUAAAAGCACAGCUGACAUAUGUAUUGGAUCAGUCCCUGAAGACUGGUAGUUUUGUAAAUUGGGUUCAGUUUGUGAACCGCUCAGAAUACCUCAAUAUGUAAAUAGAGUUGUCAUGACUUAAUCACAAUGUGUUCAUUGUAAAAAGUAAAGGAGCCACUGGCUGGCUCAGCUUUAGGCUUGUUGUUCUUGCCUCUUUUUGUAAUUUUUUUUAAAGUAGGGUUUACAGCUAGAAUUUUGAAUGCCAAAGUUCUAUUUAUUAAAUAAUAAUAAAAGUUUUCAUUGUUGAUGACUGGUAUUUUUCCACUGGAAUUUGUUUGUUGAUGUUUGGGAUUUAUAUCCACAGAGAAAAAAUAAAUUUUGUUACAAAACUGA